CAUGGCUCCUUCCCCGCCAUUCUCGCUCCCUAACACAGCGCUUACCUCCUAUUUCGUCAUUCACGGGAAAGGUGCGGCUUAUUAGUAACGUUUACAUGUUCCCGUAACCCUGUGGGCGACAGCUACCUGCCGCAUCUCCGUUAGUUUAUGCGACCAGUGAUUUCGUACCUAAUCGCCCACUUCGCUGCAUGCCACGCUAUCAUUUUAGGGCGUGCCACGCGAAGACCUUAUUAGCGAGCUCGAAGGCAUUUCCUCGCCGGUGCGCCCAAGUACCUCGCCCGUUGCCUCGCUUCCCACUCCCCGCUCCUCGCAGCAGCUGCGAGAGCGCUGCCCCGCUUUCCCACUCUUCCGCAUUCCCUGUUUUCCGCCCCGCCCACUGCAUCUGCCUGCAUUCGCCUCCCGGAUUUCCCGCACUCAAGCUGCCACUGCUUUCCCGCUUCCCGUAUCCCGCUUCCUGCUCUCUCGAUUCCCACUUUCCCAUUAUCCUGCUUCCCCUAUUUUCCGCUUUCCGCCCAAUCCGCUAGCCCGCUCGAGUCGAAUUUCGUAAUAUUUGCUCUUGGUGACCUAUUUCCUUGGAUUUGCUCAGUCUUGAUUUCCUAGAUGUAGCCAAGUUUGAUAAACCUUGGUUUCUUGUAAUCUUUCAAAGUCAGUUCUGGCCAUUUUGUGCGCAGAACGUGUCAGUCUGAACUUCGUACUUGUUCUUCGCGUGCAAGCGCUGCCUUAUCUGGCCGCUCUUCGUCGCACCGGUCGCGCGACGUCGCUGCGAUGGCCACGCCGUCGCCCAAGCGCGGUUUCGCCGUGAGCGGCAAGCGGCUGGAGGAUCUCAAAGUGACGGAGCUCAAGAGCGAGUUAAAGCGGCACAAUCUGCCGCAGUCCGGCGUUAAGCGAGAUCUGUACGAACGGCUCCGGGAUCAUCUGACACGUCAGCAACAGCGGGAAGCCGAGCAGCAGCUAGCCGAGUUUCAGCAGCAGCUGAAGGAACAGCAGGAGGAGGAGGAGGAGAAGAAGAAAGCGAAAGAGGGGAAGGGGCAGGAGAGCGACUCGGGCUCGGACGUGCAAGAGGCGCCGCCGAUCCAGGCGGGAGAGGCGGCGGGGGGCGGGGCAGCGGCAGGGCAGGACGGCACUGCGAGCAAAGGGGAUGGCGAUGCAGAUAACGAUAGCGUGGUGGGCCCGAAGGUGCUGUUUCAGGAGGCUAAUGGGGGGGAGGGGGAAAAAGAGGGACAGGGAGGGGAGGGUAAGGGGAAGCAAGAGGAAGGGGAGCGGCAGGGGAAGGAAGGAGGGCAGCAGGGCGCGGAGGAUAAGCCAACGGGAUCGGAUCGAGGAGGAGAAGAGAGGGCGGCUGAUGCUACUGCUGGUGCUGGUGGUGGAAGAAGUGAGGGGGACGCGGCAGAUGGUGCUGCUGCUGCUGUUGCUGCUGCUGAUGAUGGUGGUGGUGGUGCUGGUGGUUCUGUUGCGGCUUCUGGUGUGGAGGGCAAGAGGGAGGAAGUCGAAGAGGCUGCACCGACGACGAAGGGGGACGACAAGGUAAAGUCGGAUGGGCAGGCCGAGGGGAUGGUCGAUAAGGGUAAGGGGGAUAGGGCGGGGUUAGGCUCUGGAUUAGAUGCCCCUGCUGAUGCCACUGCCACUGCUCCUGCUGCUGCUGCCGCUGCUGCUCCUCCUGCUGCUUCCCCUCCUGCUGCUUCCCCUCCUGCUGCCCCUCCUGCUGCUGCAUCUGUCCCGCCUGUAGCUGCACCUGCUGCCACUGAGAGUACUGCUUCUGCUGGCACUGCUGCCACAUCUGACGGCCCUGGGGCGCCGGGAUCUGGGGUAGGUGCACCUGAGGAGGCUGGAAGUGGCAAAGGAACCGUCGGAUCUGAAGCCGAGGGCAAAUCGACGGCGCGGGAGGAGGAACCUGGGAAGGCGGAGAAAGGGGGCGGCGAAGGGGCAGGGGAGGAGGGGAGGAAGGAGGAGGAGAGGGAUGGUAUGGAGGUUGACGGCAUGGGAGUGAGGGAGGAGGAUGAGAAAGUUGAGGAGGGAAAGAAGAGAGAGCGCGAAGCAGAGAAGGAUACAGAAAUGGAGAGAGCGGAGAAGGGUGAGAAGCGGAGUGCGGAGAGGGGUGAGGAGAGGGGUGAGGAAAGAACGGCGCGCGAUGAAAACAUCAGUAAAGCGGGGGGUAAGGAUCGCAAGCAGGAUGACGAAAUGCGAGGCGAGGAGGGCAAGGAGGAGGACGGCAAGGAGGAGGAGGAGCGUGAUCUAAUGAUAGAGGCGGAUACGGACCUAGUGGGGGAGCUAGAGGCGGAAGCGGAAGAGGCGGAGGCGGAGGCGGGGGCUCUCGCGAAGCAAGGGCGCGGACUCAGGCGGAGGGACGCCGCGCUGGCGGAAAGGAAAACGGAGAAAGGUGAACGCGCGCGGAAAGAUGAACGCGCUGGGGCGGAGAAGCGCGGGCGGGCGUGGGGGUUGGCGAGGGCGGAGGGUAGUGGAGGGGAAGGGAAGAGGGAGCGAGCAGGGGAGGAUGUGGGAGUUGUGGCGAGACGGAGGGAGGAGCGACCAUCAGGAGGAGGCGAAGAGGAGUCCCCGCGUCCCCCUGACGCCAAGCGCCUGCGCAGAUGGAGCUCGUCCAAGACAUCACCGCCUGCCACCGCUGCUGCUGCUGCUGCUGCCGCUCCUACCACUGCCUCUGCUCCUGCCCCUGCAGCAGCAACCGCAGCAGCGCCAGCAGCAGGUGGGGCAGAGGGACCAGGCAAGGCUGCUGCUGCUGCUGGCACUGGCAGCGGCCCUGCAGUGAAUGCUGCUGGAGGGGCAUCAGCUGGGGCGGAUUCUUCAGCACCGUCUGCUGCCACAGCAGUAAAGGCAGCAGAGGCAGGAGAGGGGGGAGCAGCAGCAGCUGGGCAGGCGGUUUCUGGGGCAGGUGUGGCUGAGGACACAGCAGGGGCGAGGGCUGGCCCAGGGGGGGUUAUAGCGCGCAGCAGCAGUGACAGUAAAGCGGGGCAGGCGGUUUCGGUGUCUGCUGCUGGAGCUGCUGCUGCUGGUGGCGCUGGUGGUAACCGCGUGGUUAGGUCGCUGAGUGGACGUGGCGGUGCGCGAUUGGCUGGGGCAGGAGCGAGGGAGCCACCACAAGAGAAGGCAGAGGCCCCCCCGCCAGUGGAGGCGGUGACGGAGUCGCUGCGCAUUGACAACUUUGUGCGCCCGUUCACGCAGCAGCAGGUGAAGGACCUGCUGGGGAACAACGGCCGCUCUCUGCGCCACUACUGGAUGGACGGCAUCCGCACCCACUGCUACGUCACCUUUGCAUCAGUGGAGGAGGCAAAGGCAGCACGAUCGGAAGUAUGGGGGCUGCGCUUCCCGGUGAGGGGGGGCAACCUCCUCACAGCCAAGUUUGUGCCCAGCGAGGAAGUCGUGGCGCGGGUCAAUGGCGUCCCCUACCCCCCUGCCUCCAAUUCCGCUGCUCCUGCUGCUGCUGCUGCCGGUGCCGCCGGUGCUGCCAGUGCCACUGGUGCAGCUGGUGCAGCUGGUGCAGCUGGUACUGCUGAUGCUGAUGCGAAAACGGGUGCUGCUAGCAGUGCUAGCACUGCAAAGGAGAAGGCAGGAGCAAAGGACACAAAUGCUCCUCCUGCUGCCGAGUCCAAGCCAGGAGCUUCCCCAGUGGCAGCAGCAGCAACAGCGCCAUCUGCACAGGAAAAAGCAGAGAGAGCAGUGAGAGCAGCCACCGCAGGCACGGCAGCUGCAAGUGAGAGGAGAGCAGGAGCGGGUGGGGGUGGUGCUGGAUCAAGCCACCACGGCGCAUCCACUGCCCCCGCCUCUUCUUCUGGGUCCGCAGCAGCAGCAGCGGCUGCAGCGGCGGCGGCAGCAGCAAUGGCAGGCGUCGGUGCAGUGGCAGGGAGGAAGGCGGCAGAGCCGGAGCCAGACGUGUUGCCUUCUCUGGAUGACUUGUUUCGAAGGACCAAAGCCAAGCCACAGAUCUACUUCCUGCCCCUCACAGAGGAACAAGUGGCCGCCAAGCUGGCAGUGGCCAGUCAGAGGAAGCUGGCUGCCGUAGGUGCAGCUGGGACGGCUCCUGCAGCUGCUGCUGGUUCUAGUGGUGCAGUAGUGGCUCCUGGUACUGCUGGUUCUGGCAGUCCUGCUGCUGCUGGUGCUGGUGGUGGUGGUGCUGCUGGUGUGCAUGGCCGUACGGGCAAUGGGGUGGAUGAAGCAGGGAACCCUACUGCUGUGAGAGCACGGGGCUGAGGAAUGCAGCAGCUCCAUGUUACCGUAUGCUGGUGGCACCGUGGCAUCCUCCUUAUCAAAGCAGCCAUGGCGCUUGUGCUUUCUUGCUUGCGCCUUGUAACCUUGUCCACCUUUCUCCACUGCCCAUGAGUUGUGGCACAACGUAACUUGGUAUGCUACUAACUGAGUUUGUUUAGGCGUGGCUAGCUAGACAGUAAAUUACUGUUACCCGUUUUUGGGCAGCUACCGUAUUCCCCCGGAUAUGAAGUCGUAUGGUUUUCUAGGAAAAUGGUUUUAAAUGUGCAGGGCGUGUGUAAUUGGAUUUUUGUGAUAUGGCACAGUGGAUAAU